UGAACUAAUAAUUGCAUGUCCAUAUCCACUCUGUCUAUAUAAACUGCACUGAAGAAGCAGCUAAUUAAUUUGCUGAGUAAUUGAUCAAUCACACAAACAAUACAGAUUUAUAAUAUGCCCAAGUUUAUGGAGAAGACCACUUUUACGUGGAUUUUGCUUCUUCUUCUUGUGCCGGAAAACCUCUUCAACCCUGCUCUUUCGCAGGCAGUUGUCGAAACUCUACCGGGAUUUCCCGGCAAACUGCCUUUCAAACUUGAAACUGGGUACCUAGGGUUAGGAAAGAACGAUGAAGAUCUGCAGUUAUUCUACUACUUCGUGGAAUCAGAGCGUAAUCCCAAACACGAUCCUAUCAUAAUUUGGAUCAAUGGUGGUCCGGGCUGUUCUGCUCUAUGGCCCUUCUUUUAUCAGAUCGGUCCACUUCAGUUCGACUAUGCAAAUGUAAUUGAUGGAUUACCUCAAUUAGAGAUAAAUCCAUACGCAUGGACAAAGGUGGCUAGCGUCAUAUUUGUGGAUGCAUCGGGUGCUGGAUUCUCCUACGCCACAACUGAGGAGGCUUACAAAACUAGUGAUACUGCAACAGCAGCGUCCCUAGAUCAGUUCCUCAGGAAGUGGCUUGUGAGGCAUCCACAGUACCUCAGCAAUCCGGUAUACAUUGCGGGUGUUUCAUACGCUGGCUUAAUUAUUCCCGUCCUAGUUCAAGAUUUGAUUAAUGGUAACGAAGCUGGCUCUUCUCCCAAAGUAAAUAUUAAAGGAUACAUGGGCGGGAAUCCUCUGACAGAUAUAGAAACUGACUUCAAUUCAAGGAUACCAUAUGCAUAUCAGUUUGCACUUCUCUCGCAGGAACUGUAUGAGUCGGCAGAGUUGCAUUGUGAUGGUGAUUUCGCAAACGUCAACCCCACCAACGGAUUGUGCCAAAAUUCUCUUGCAUUAGUUGAUGAGUGCCUGAAGAAUAUAAAUGAACAUCAAAUAUUAGAACCUAUGUGUGAGUCAGAGAUGACAUCGAAGAAGAGGAUGCUACUUCAAAUGUCUGAUAGCCCGGAUAAAAAACUUGUAAAAUCUCUCCGUUUAUCUCGUCCCCCGGAAUCAUGGUGUCGAGGUGACAAUUAUGACUACGCUCCUCUUUGGGCCUCUGACAAAACAGUACAGAAAGCUCUUCAUGUUCGCGAGGGAACGAUAAAAGAAUGGCUCCUUUGUAACGACGACCACUAUGAACUAGGAAGAAACAAUACAGAUACCUUUCUCUACGACAUUACCAGCAGUAUCGCCUACCAUCGUAACCUAACUCAAAAACAUUGUCGAGCUCUGAUAUUCAGCGGCGAUCACGAUCUUGUUUUCCCGUAUGUUGGAACACAAAAUUGGAUACAUGGCAUGGAAUUACCUAUGACUAAGCCCUGGGCUCCGUGGUUUGUCAAUAAACAAGUAGCAGGGUACACAGAAAUAUUUUCAUAUAAAGACUACUCCUUGACAUUUGCUACUGUCAAGGGCGCAGGUCAUGCAUCCCCGGAAUACAAACCAGAAGAAUGUUUAUCCAUGCUGGAUAGGUGGCUCAGUAAUGAUUUUAUGUGAUUCUUGUGCUUCUACUUUCAUAUAUAUGAUUUAGUUAGAUUAAAUAAAAUCAUCAUGCUGCUGCUUCUGGGUCUUACCCUUCCUCUAUACACAGCUUAUUAUACUGCUAUUAUUGUUCAAAGAUAUAUAGACGACACGUACACUCCUGGAAAUUUAUAUAUAAUUUUAUUCAUCGGGAUUA